CAGACCAGUUGAACCCAGAGCAGAGACCUGGACCAACAGAAACCAGAACUAACAGAGACCAGCUGAGUAUUACACAACAGAUUAUUACUGAACCACAAGAACAAAGUACUUUUACUGCUCGAGUAUUUGAAGAGUUUGGAAUUUUUCACUCAUCACCGUGAAAUAUGAACAAAGAAAAAGAACAAAAACACAAAGAGAAGGAAGUCAAGCAACAAAAGUGAGGCUGUUAGGAUGGAGGAGCGACGAGUGGGGGCGAGAGACACUGAGAGAGAGCAGGAAGAGAGAGAGAGAGAGAGCAAGAGCACGAGCUCCGAGAGAAGAAGUGAGAACACGCGUCGAGCAACGAAGGUGUGGAGAGAAAAAAGAAGUCAAGAAAAUUAAACUUCAUUCAUGUUCAAACUUUAACAAAGAAAAUCUGAGAGAUGAAGAUGUGGAGUCGCCUCUUCUUCCUCGUUCUAGCAGUUCCAUCGUUUUGUGCAGGACAAGAAGAAUCUGCAACGACACUGCAGAACCAGGCUGGAGAAGACAUCGGUGUUCCCAUGACGACGCUGCCACCGCUGGUGUCUUCACAUGAACCUGAAAGCAACGCUAUAAACCAGACGCUGCAAUCUCCUAAGUCCUCCAAGUUUAUGAAUACAACACAUUUACCGGCUGAGGACAACACGGUGUUUGACACGACAGAGGAAGAUGUUGGCAGCGAGGCGCCGUCAACGGUGGACGCCACAGCCAGUGUGUCAGGCGGCACGACGGAAAGUGCUGCCGCUGAGACAACCACGGUUUCCACGGCAACGCAAGGCACCUCGUCAAACCCAGUAAUAGCGCCGAGCAGUUCAUCUUGGGGUUACGUGAUCAUGGUGUUGAUCAUUAUGGUCAUCAUUGCACUGUGUGUAAUCCUUCUCUGUCUCAGGAGAGCGUCCAGGACGUACUCGUUUGACCUUCACCGCACAGAACCCAUUAUCAGCCAGUUCUCUGAACCCACCGGCACCUUCGGACCGGUCUACGUGGACGAUCUCGAUCGACCGAAAGAUCCAGUGAUCACCACUGACCUUUCACUUCAUUCGAUCACCAACGGUACAAGUGCAAAGUCAGAAGACGGAGAAGUGACGAGAGAGAACGGUGCUGCUGAAUCUCCACACGAACAGUCAGAUUCAAACGGUCCGGAGACGUCACCCAUCAGGAACAGCAGUCCAUCGCCGGGCGCCGCCGACCCCGCCGACCAGGCGCCUCCUCUGUCACAGAGCAGCACAAACCUGUUUCUCAACGAUACUGUGGAGCCGCAGCAGAACGAGAACAACAACAACCCAUCGAUUAGCUCCUGUGACCCAUUUGUGGAAAUAAACCUGGAUGAGCCGGCGUGGUGUGAUCAGCUCCUCAGGUCUCCCAAAGCGUCCUCCUCUGUCCUCCCUUUCUCUACUUUCUCCUUCUCGUCCUCCUCCUCUUCUUCUUCUUCCUCUUCUUCUUAACACCUUCAACGAAGACCACAAGAUGACGAUGAAGACAGAGAUUCAGCCUCAGAACCAUCACGUGUCACCAUGUGUUUUAUUCUUAAAAGUGAAAAUAAAAUCAAUGUUUUUUUGUUUCUGCCAAGUCCACAUCUGAAUUACCGGUACUAGUACUGGUCUGUGCUGGUUUAUGCUGGUCUGUUAUUGGUCUAUGCUGGUCUAUGCUGGUCUGGUGCUGGCCUAUGCUGGUCUGGUACUGGCCUAUGCUGGUUUGGUAUAUGUCUAUGAUGGUUUGGUACUGGUCUAUGCUGGCCUAUGCUGGUCUAUGCUGGCCCUAUCCGUAUGCUGGUUUGGUGCUGGUCUAACAAUGAUGCUGGUAGACCAGCAUGGACUACCAUAGACCAGCAUAAUGAUGCUGGUGGGCCAGCAUGGACCAGCAUGGACCAUCUAUGCUGUUUUUUCUAGCAAGGACUCAGCUCUCUUUGUGUGGAUCUUGAGAAAUCUGGUUCCAGGGCACAGAAGAGUCAUUAUUUCAUGUCGACUUGAGCGCCCCCUACAUGUUCAUAUUCACACCGUCAUGAGUGAAAAACUUUCAGAAAGCUGUAAGUUCUGAUGUUUUUUGUUUGUUUUUUAUUUUAAAAAAAUAAUAAUAAAACAAAAAUAGGUUCAUAGUGUCUGGUAAAUUAAUAUUUUUGACGUAUAUAUACACAUGUAUAAACAGUACUGUGCUGAAGUCUUAGGCUACCAUUAGAUCUGUUGUUUUAGCAAUGCUAUAACAACAAUAGAGGAUAAUUAUUUCUAUUUCA